AUGGACAUGACUAACCCAAACCAUUUUGCCAGUCUCAAGAGUGCUCGAGGCAUGAUCCAGCAAGAAAAAUACGGUAGCAUACGUCUCGAAACUGGUGCAACCAACUCGUUGCAGCCUCCACUACCCAACUUGAAACUCGACUGGCAGAAGAGACGAGUGGACUUAUACACGGAGGCUGUCAAGAUUGGAGGCUGUCAAGAUUUGGAGGGCUAUGGGCUAAAGAUCGGAGGGGGGUCAGCGCCGUGA